AUGGCAUCCCAACAACAACCCCCACCAGCCACAAAAGACCACCUCUCCGACCUCGACCGCCACGUGCAACUGCUCGAAGACAAAGUCAACAAACUCCGCGCCUCCCUCACCCACUGGCAACAAUGGUACCUCGAAUACUCCUCCCUCAAAGAAGACAUCGAGCAACUCCCGCGCGACCCCGUUCCCCUUGAACAACUCCGCCGUCUCCGCCGCGACUUUGACAGCCCUUUACUCACACAAAAGGAACUGUACGAGAUCAUGGGCAAAGGGGAUGAUUUGCGAACCGUCGAUAAGAUUGUGGCGACGCUGGCUAGGCGGAUGGAGUAUGUGGAGCAGAAUAUUGGGUCGGUGGAAAAGUUGCUGGAGGUGGAGGAGAGGAGGUUGGAAGGGGCGAUUACGGUUGCGCAACCGGGGGGUGGGGUUGAUGAGGAGAGUGGGUUGCCGUUGACGGAUAUUAUUGAGGAGUUGGAUGAGGAGGGGAAUGUGGUGGGUUUUCGGCUGCAGGGGGGUGCGGAGGUAGGGCCGGGGAUUGUGGAGGCGCUGGGGAAGGCGGGGAUCCGGGAGGGGGAUUUACCGGAGGAGAUACUGGAAGAAGAGGAGGGAGGCGGGGAGCUGAUGAAAGGUUUGGCAGCGUUGGGGGUAGGGGAGAAGAAAGAGCAGACGAGUUCUAUUGCCGGACCUUCUAGCGGGGCUGCAGCCGCAGCACCUGCGGCUGAUGAGCCGGCUCCCCGCAAAAAGUCGGUGUCGUUUGCGGAGGACACCAAGACUGGUGAUGAGGAAGCGGAGACUGCACCGUCGGUGGCGGCACAGAACCUGGAGCGGCUUAUGCAGAAAGCGCGUGAGCAGGAGGCGAUGGAUUUGUCGACGGCAGUUAUCCCGGACAACGAGUCGGCCGAGGAGAAUCAGCUGCGGCGCGAGAUGUUGGAGUACGGCAUGUCGGAGAUCGGACCCGUAGUGGCUGAGCUACAGCUGGAGGAGGACUACUCCGGUGAUGACGACGACAUGGAUUGGCUUGGGUCCGAUGACGAGGGCUUCGAGGACGAAGACACGGACGAUGACGCCGAGGACGACUUGGGCCGGUCUACGCGCAAGGUCGUCACCUCGGACUAUGUCAAGCGCAUGCAGGAGCUGGAGAAGCGGCUGGGGGUUCAGUCCGCGUUUACCGUUGGCGCGAAAGAGACGGAAUCCAAGAAACAGGACGAAGGCAUUGGCCGGAUAGCCGUGGUUGCUGAGCCGAGUUCGUCGGCCGCUGAGGCGUCAACAGCGCCAGCCGCGUCCAAGGGGAAGAAAAGCGUCAGUUUUGCGUCUACGCUGGAUAUUGCUCCCGAGACGGUACCUCAGCCGGCGCCGGAGGUAAAAUCCAAAGAGCGCAAGAUCGCCGAGGUCGGCGACAUCGUGGAGAAGGUAACCACGACAGAGGAAGAAGAAGAGACCCUUAAGGACCCAGAAGAGCCGCCGAAGCGGGUAUCACGGUUCAAGAAGGAGCGGGCCGGUGCUUCAUCUUCCUCCGCUUCGUUUCCUCCCGGGCCGCAACAGUUACUAGCGACGUUCGGUGCGUCCAGCACACGCAGCGUACCUGAACCAGCACCGCCAGAAGAUACGACACUGGCCAAUACCGUGGUCGAGCGGGCCAGCGCGGCCGAGCCCGCGGAGCCCGACGACAUGGAUGAUGCGAUGCUGUACCAGGCAGCCUCGGUCGAGUACAACCGGCUACGCAACCAGCUGAUCCAGAAGCAGGGAGGAUUUGCUCAACAAGAGGCUACGGUUCUUGACAGUGAGUCGGGCCGGGUACCGCUGGACGAGGAGUUGGGCGGGCCGAAGCGCAUGAGCAAGUUUAAGGCUGCGCGGCUGGCGAAGUUGCAAUGA